AUGGCAUAUUCUGUUUCAAGGCAAGCAGAACCCUUGCUGCUCUUGCACAUGGCAAUCUCCGAUUUCUCGGCCUCUCGUGUGAGGCGUUCGCAGGGGUUGAAGAGGAAAAGGCACUCAUCCACAUCCGAUAUGGGUGAGUGUCCUGUUCGUCUUCAAAGCUUCGGCGAUCGCCUCACAUGGAGCAGGGACCUGACACUGGCUGUGCCUCCCGCGAGCGCCUUUGGAGCCCUCGUCUCAGAUGGCUGGCGUGGCCAUACCACGGGAAGUUCUCAAUUCCAUGCGCUGUGUGGGAGUCCCAACCAUCGGGUCAGAACUAUGCGCCGAGAUUGUCGGUCGAAUCGAGUGCCUAAAAUUAAAGCCGAAGUUCUGAUCGGAAUUUGGCUGCUGCGAUGA